GAUCGCCGGCUCGGACCCAAGCCGACGCGACCGCUGCCGCCCCCAGCCAGGUGCCAUGCUGCCACUCCUGCUGGGCUUGCUGGGCCCGGCCACCUGCUGGGCCCUGGGCCCAGCCCCGGGCUCCUCCUCGGAGCUGCGUUCGGCCUUCUCGGCUGCUCGCACCACGCCACUGGAAGGCACGUCAGAGAUGGCGGUGACCUUCGACAAGGUGUAUGUAAACAUCGGUGGGGACUUCGACGCGGCCACGGGUCGCUUCCGCUGCCGCGUGCCGGGCGCCUACUUCUUCUCUUUCACGGCGGGCAAGGCUCCCCACAAGAGCCUGUCGGUGAUGCUGGUGCGUAACCGCGACGAGGUGCAGGCACUGGCCUUCGACGAGCAGCGGCGACCCGGCGCGCGGCGCGCAGCCAGCCAGAGCGCCAUGCUGCAACUCGACUACGGCGACACGGUGUGGCUGCGGCUGCACGGGGCGCCGCAGUACGCGCUUGGGGCGCCCGGCGCCACCUUCAGCGGCUACCUGGUGUACGCCGACGCCGAUGCCAACGACGCCGCACCUGCCGCAGCCGCAUCCUCGGAGCCGCGCUCGGCGUUCUCGGCAGCGCGCACGCGCAGCCUGGUGGGCUCGGACACGAGUCCCGGACCGCGCCACCGGCCGCUGGCCUUUGACACCGAACUGGUCAACAUCGGCGGCGACUUCGACGCGGCGGCCGGUGUGUUCCGCUGCCGCCUGCCCGGCGCCUACUUCUUCUCUUUCACGCUGGGCAAGCUGCCUCGCAAGACGCUGUCGGUGAAGCUCAUGAAGAACCGCGACGAGGUGCAGGCCAUGAUUUACGACGACGGCGCAUCGCGGCGCAGGGAGAUGCAGAGCCAGAGCGUGAUGCUGCCUCUGCGGCGCGGCGACGCCGUCUGGCUGCUCAGCCACGACCACGAUGGCUAUGGCGCUUACAGCAACCACGGCAAGUACAUCACCUUCUCUGGCUUCCUGGUGUACCCUGACCUCGUUCCUGAUGGCACGCCGGGCCUGGGAGCCCCGGAGCUGUGAGCCCAGCCAGGCUGCCGGCAGAG